CAAACCGCCUUUGAGAUACACGUCGCUGGUUCACGGGCGACUCAACGAACUUAGUCUCGACAAAAAGAGGUUUUAAUCAUCCACUUACUUGAUUCGACCCAUCUGAAACCCCAAAAGUUAGAUGAGUUCUCACCAACCACGCUAAAAGCGAAACCUUCGAUACACGUCAUGCGCUUAGGGGAAUGUCAGUUCACACCUGAGAUCCCGGCGCACUUCCGCUCUCAGAUCUCAAUAUGGCAUCCGGGGUAUAUCCGGGGCGAGGAUAACAUGUUCUCGCUACCGCGACUCGACGCCGUAGAUUCACAGGACGAAACUGAUGACGAGAACACCAAUACCGCCGACAAUACACCCAUAAGCACAAAGCACGGAGUUCACUUUGAGACUGUAUUGUUGGCCUGCCAGAUCAUUACUGGUAAUGAAUUUGAUACUGCCUAUUUAAGCUACGACCGCCCAGGCCACGAUAGAGUUCGCAUUUCUCGGGAAGGCAUUUUGAUGCGCAACCAUUACUAUCUCCAUGUUCCACAAGGCGACGGGAACGAGACUACAUCAUACGCAGUGACGCCCAAUUUUCAAGAAUGGCGCUUCCCCGCGUCACUUCCGCAAAGCUGGCAAGCUUUGGCACCAACUAAACUCGACCAUCAGCCCAGUUGCAUCAUCUCCGGGUCUCGCACUAUCGACACAGCUCAUGUUAUCCCUCAAGCCCAUGAUAAAUGGUAUACGGACAAUGCCAUGUUCGACUAUUCAGCUGGGGCAAGAUCUGUCACAGAUAGCGAAGAAAAUAUCUGUCGGCUCCGCCCCGAUCUGCACAGGGUCUUUGAUAACCGAGCUUUUGCUUUAGUGCCUAAGCAAGAUGGCCAAGGGCAACGGCAUCUGGUGGUGCAUUUCUUCUCCAUCGUUAAGAACCUCGGAGAUACAGCAUUUGACAUCCAUAACCGGAAAGCUCAUAGUCUGGAGUCCGUGGCUAUAGAGUUCUUAUUCGCCCGGUUUGCCCUGACCGUCUUUGCCUGCAUCAAGGAUUUUAUUCUCCGAGGUGAUAGGCGGAAGCUUGCGAUCAUGCAGCGCGCCAACGAUGCCAACGGAUGUCCGGCUUGGAUUACUAGUGUAGUACAAAUGGAUCGUGUGCAGAGAAACGGCUUGUACGGCGGUGGAGGAUCACGAAGCUCAAGCCCUACUAAGCGGUCUAGGAAGACAGAUUCUCAAACUGGGCAAAACGAGGAAGGGAUGCCGAAACGACAAAUCGACGAUCAGAGGGAGGACCCAGACCUAGAAGAAUGCAGUGGGAGAUCUCGACUAAGAUCGUGGGUCCUGGCAAAUGCAGCUGAACUGGAAGCGUUUGAGGAGAGGAAUCCGAAGAGGCGGCGUAUGAGUAAGGAUAGGUCGCCACCAGCUUUGACAACCUCUCUUACUUUGGGAACGGUACCAAAUCAUGAUCAUGACGAACCAAGAAGUGCCGGAUCUGCAAUCUCCGAUGGACAUGACUUUGCAAAGAAUUAUGCUGGCCGUGCUUUUGCCAAGGUAACCGAACGAUCUACUAUCAUGAUACAAAAUACAAAGGCAGAACCCUGAUAACACCCUGUUUGAGCAGUCAAUAAAGACGCUUGGUACACAGAUUGACUGUUAACAUCUUCGAGCACGCUAUCAAGCAGCUCCAUGAUGGAUGACUUUCGCUUGUUCGGGUUGAGAGGCGGGUGGGACUGUUAGUGUGGGUUGGAAGCGUGCGGGGAUACCUACCACCCAAUGAUCUGCCAAACGAGUAAACCCCGCGAAUGAUACAUUCUACGGUACGAUGCCUGGCUUACUACUGCGGGCGUUGCUCUUGAGGCCCCCUAGUAGGUUAGCUCAAGGUGUGAGGA